GUUCUUUAUCAACCUGAACCUUUCUACUACCACUGUAAAGUCGUUGCCGGGAAUGCAAGCCGGCUGUAUGGGUACUGGGACGGUGUGUAAGAGUCAAAGUUGUAAAGAGGAUGUAAUGUCGCAGGAAGAUAUAGGUCCCCGGGCGUGUAGGCGGCAGGUGCCAAAAACGUCGAUAACUUUUCCUGCAAUACAUCUGAGUCUGGCCAUGCUUGACAUCCGUCUUCGAUAGUCUUUCAGCCACAACUCUUUACUAUCAUAGUCAAGUAUGGACCAAAGUCACCAGCAUCCCCUUCCAGAUUUCAACCUCGUUGCACAAAGAAGAGCAGAAAUGUAAACAACUUCCAGCGUUUACACAAAGCGCUGCCAGUCUCGACGCUCUCAACGAAAUCAACACUAGUAUUCGAGUUCGGUCCACAAGGUUGUAUGGGCCAUUUCGUUGGUGUCAGAUGGUGAGAGAAGUUCUUUAGCUCUCACUCAACGUGUGGAUGGUCUUACUCAACAUGUUGAUGGAAUCGAUGGACGUCUAGAUUCGCAGGAUCAUAACAAUAUUGCACGCCUUCAAAAUGCUACAGAGACCUCCCUCAGCGCUCAACUUGUUGCCCUUCAUAAUCGGCACAACCAGCCGAUUCCAAACUUUCCCGAGACCAUGACUGCUAUUGGCCCAGACUCGGAGGAGACGAGCUAAAUAGGAUUCUUGAGGCAUUGGGAUCAAAUAUCGAAGGAACAGUCGCUGAAAAGAAAACAGUACUUCGGAUAACACUGUGCUUGUAUGUGGUUUAGAACCAAAGGAUGCAGUGGCGAGCACGUCCGGGUUAGGAGGGAUUUUCUCUGCAACCUUCGUUUACCCUGUAAAGACAACACUGAUGACAACCCAAAUUAAAAACUGGCACCCGCAUAUUCAGGUCUGUGGAUAUACUUUGAUGAAUUGUGCUUGGUCUCGCCACCUCGAAUAUAAUACGGGGCUCCCCUAACCGAGGAGGUUUCUGGUCGCUACGCUGGUUGGGGCCCCCCCCCCCCCUCACUGCAAUAUUGAAUGUCCUUUGUCUAGACUGUGCGAUACCACAGCGAUAUCCCAGACUCGGAUGUUGUGUACUACAACGUCCAGUCUCGGCGCAGAUAACCGAACCUUUGCCGCAAUGAAUUCUGUCACGUGCGGCAGGAGAUCCCCGGAUGUUGCGAGGCUGCGCGAGGCUGCGCUUGUUGACGGAUAAGGCUCCGCAGCACUAUCCAGGUGGACAUCCAACCUGGCCCGCGUGUCACUUACCUCCCCGACCCAACUUCAGCGACUGAGACCCAUGAUGUCUUUAUGAAAGGGUCUCCCCAAUCUGAUAUAGGUGCUUCAGAGGAGGAAUUGGGACUUCAUGAAUUGGAAUCCGUCACAUCUCCAGGCAUGCCAGAAAUGGACCCUACCCACGACGAGACUGCGGCCGAUGUACCACUGAUUCGCGACCGUGGAGAAGGCAGCCAUGGCGAUGCGUUCCCUCUACAUGAGAAGUCGUCGGGAAAUGCUUUCGUAUGGGCAUUGACUGUCUCUGCGUGUGCGUCCUCUGCCCUCUUCGGAUACGACUCAGGUGUCAUCAGCGGCACCCUGGUUUCCAUCGGCACCGAUCUGUCCUCCCGAGAACUGACCAACCUCGACAAAGGUCUGAUCACAUCUUGCACUAGCUUUUUCGCCCUCGUUGCGAGUCCGAUAGCUGGCGUCCUGGCCGACCGAGUGGGAAGAAAAAACGUGAUUCUCUUUGCGGACGGGCUCUUCACAUUGGGCGCGUUGUGGCAGGCAUUCACAAGUUCAGUACUGGGAAUGAUAAUCGGCCGAAGUAUAGUUGGACUCGCGAUAGGGGCAGCAAGCUUAAUUGUCCCUCUCUACAUUUCGGAAUUGGCACCUGGCCACCUAAGAGGCAGGCUGGUCACCGUGUCGUUGCUGUUCAUUACCGGCGGCCAGGUCAUUGCCUAUGUGGUAGGAUGGAUCUUCUCCGCCAUUCCAGGCGGCUGGCGAUGGAUGGUCGGGCUUGGCUCUGUUCCGGCGAUAGCACAGUUGCUCAUGUUGACGUUUAUGCCGGAGACGCCGCGCUAUUUGGCAAAGGUCGAAAAGGAGGCGGAGGCAAGGUCGGUGCUGACCAAAGUCUAUCGAGGGAUGGUACCCGACACAACCGACAUUGUUGAUGACAUUCUUUUGGCUAUCAAGAAGGAAAUACAGGAGGAGGAGGAAGCCCAUGCGCAGCUCAAAAUCUCCGAGGCUCGAUCCCCCUUCAUGCCGCCUAUUCUUCACGCACUUCUGUUCCAUCCUCCACAUGUCAGAGCUCUCGUCAUCACAUGCAGUUUGCAAGGUCUCCAACAACUGUGCGGAUUUAACAGCUUGAUGUACUUUUCAGCAACCAUCUUCCAACGGCUCCAUUUCUCCUCGCCCACAUUGGUGUCCCUCACCGUUGCCGGGACGAACUUCUUAUUCACAUUGGCCGCCUUUGGUCUGAUCGACCGCAUUGGGAGAAGACGCAUUUUGCUCAUCACGAUACCUAUGAUGGUGUUGUCUCUGCUACUUUGCGCCUUGGCUUUUUCGUAUAUCCCCAAAGUACCAGGGGAUCAAUUCACAGUCCCUACAACCAAUGAAGACUCGACCACCGGGUCACGGCUGCCAGCGUUUGGGAUUUUGGUCUCAAUGCUUCUGUAUGUUUCGACAUAUGCUGUUGGUCUCGGCCCAGUUCCGUGGCAACAGUCCGAGAUGUUCCCACUGAGCGUCAGGUCGCUCGGUUCCAGUAUAGCAACCGCGACAAACUGGGGCAGCAACACCGUUGUCGGGUUGACGUUCUUGCCAAUGAUGGAUUUAUUGACCCCCAAGUGGACAUUUGUAACAUACGCUGCUAUUUGCGCCGCAGGCUGGGUGGUGAUAUAUCACAUCUACCCCGAAACAAUGGGCCUCGGGCUAGAAGAGGUGGGUGAAUUAUUGAAACACGGCUGGGGUGUCAAGGAAAGCAUGGAGAGAGUAAGAGCGUUGAAGAUGAAUAGAGCGGAUAGACAUUAGACAUCAGCAGAAAAACCACUUCACUUGCUGCCGUCCGGAAUAAACGGAUUUUGAUCUGCCUGCAUUGUAGCGGCAGCACUUUUCCUUGCCAUGCGACGUUGAUGCUUGGCUUCUCUCCGUUCCUUUUCCUUCAACUCCCGCUCGUCCAUGACUAUCUGCCAUAGCCUUCUACCAAGCUCGUCAUGCUUUCUGCCGCGUUCUUGGACCUUUUGCUCCAGCUCCUGGUCGGCUUCUCGAAAGGUGCCACCCCACGUUCCGC